GCAGGAGUUGCCUGCUAAGGCUGAAGGUCAAACCUGAACAGAAAGUCCAACCAAUUCUGGCGGAAUUCUGAGGAAUGGAACCGAGACCCAAACAGUCCUGCUCCUAGCCUGGAAGGAAGGAUGCACUGACCCCAGUGGCGAUUAUCUUCUCAGCUCCCCUUUAAGCAUCUUAAUGAAAUUCCAAGACCCUUGUCCAGAGCUGGCCUCCGCCACCCCAGCAGGCCCACCUGGGCAGCAUGAAAGCCCUUCCCUGUGUCAAGGCAUCCCUGGACUCCUACCCCAGGUUCCCCAGGAGGCACUGACGUCCCUGGGCCAAUUCUGCCCUGCCCCAGGACUCGGAGCAGAUUUGCCAUGGUGACAUAAACAGGGCAAGGAGGAAGGAGAACCGCCCAGUCCAUGGACCACCCCCCUGGUGGGAAGAAAAGACACCCUCAGUCCCUCUUCAUCCCUGUGCACAAACAGCUUCUGUUAUUAAUUAUUUUUAAUUUAUUGCUUUGGAUUGAAUCCUUGUUUUUUUUCCUGUGAAAAGAGUUUGGGGGGCCGGGGGUAAAAGUGGUUGCUAAGCAACAUUGAGGAGCCAGGAUGACCGUCCCCCUGCGCCUCAGGAGGCUGUGCAGGCAGGCGUCCCCUCAGGCCGUGCUGCUCCUGCUCUUCGCCUUCUGCCUGCUCAGCGUGUUCGUCUCUGCCUAUUACCUGUAUGGCUGGAAGAGGACCCUGGAGCCCUCGGGGGACGUUGCUGGCUCUGACUGUAACGAGGAGCCCCAGAUCACACCAUCGCGCCUCCUCCCUCUCAAGACCCUGAAGGUGUCCUCGUCCUCCCGGACCGACCCCCUGGUGCUCGUGUUUGUGGAGAGCCUGUAUUCCCAGUUGGGCCAGGAGAUCGUGGCCAUCCUCGAGUCCAGCCGAUUCAAGUACCGCACGGAGAUCGCCCCCGGGAAGGGGGACAUGCCCACGCUCACUGAUAAGGACCGGGGCCGCUUCGCACUCAUCAUCUACGAGAACAUCCUCAAGUACGUCAACCUGGACGCCUGGAACCGGGAGCUGCUGGACAAGUACUGUGUGGAAUACGGCGUGGGCAUCAUUGGCUUCUUCAAGGCCAACGAGAACAGUCUGCUGAGCGCUCAGCUGAAGGGCUUCCCCCUCUUCCUCCACUCGAACCUCGGCCUGAAAGACUGCAGCAUCAACCCCAAGUCACCACUGUUGUAUGUGACCCGGCCCAGUGAGGUGGAGAAGGGCCUCCUGCCUGGGGAUGACUGGACCGUCUUUCAGUCCAACCAUUCCACCUAUGAGCCGGUGCUGCUGGCCAAGACCAAGUCGGCUGAGUCCAUCCCCCACCUGAGCGUUGGCGCGGCCUUGCACACCACGGUGGUUCAGGACCUGGGAUUGCACGAUGGCAUCCAGCGGGUGCUCUUCGGCAACAACCUCAACUUCUGGCUGCAUAAGCUGGUCUUUGUGGACGCCGUGGCUUUCCUAACCGGCAAGCGCCUCUCAUUGCCCCUGGACCGCUACAUCCUCGUGGACAUCGAUGACAUCUUUGUUGGCAAGGAGGGCACCCGGAUGAAGGUGGAAGACGUGAAGGCCCUUUUUGACACUCAGAAUGAACUUCGAACACACAUCCCAAACUUCACCUUCAACCUGGGGUACUCAGGGAAAUUCUUCCACACAGGUACAGAUGCCGAGGAUGAUGGCGACGACCUGCUCUUGUCCUAUGUGAAGGAGUUCUGGUGGUUCCCUCACAUGUGGAGUCACAUGCAGCCCCAUCUUUUCCACAACCAGUCUGUCCUGGCAGAGCAGAUGGCCCUCAACAAGAAGUUCGCUGUCGAGCAUGGAAUCCCCACUGACAUGGGCUAUGCCGUGGCUCCCCACCACUCUGGCGUGUAUCCGGUCCACAUGCAGCUUUACGAGGCCUGGAAGCAGGUGUGGGACAUCCAGGUGACCAGCACAGAGGAGUAUCCCCACCUGAAGCCUGCCCGUUACCGCCGUGGCUUCAUCCACAAUGGCAUCAUGGUCCUCCCCCGGCAGACCUGCGGCCUCUUCACCCACACCAUAUUCUACAACGAAUACCCAGGAGGGUCCAGCGAAUUGGACAAAAUCAUCAACGGGGGAGAACUCUUCCUCACUGUGCUGCUCAAUCCGAUCAGCAUUUUCAUGACCCACCUGUCCAACUACGGGAAUGAUCGCCUGGGAUUGUAUACCUUCAAACAUUUGGUGCGUUUCCUUCACUCUUGGACCAAUCUGAAGCUGCAAACGCUGCCACCAGUCCAGCUGGCUCAGAGAUACUUUCAGAUCUUUUCAGAGGAGAAAGACCCACUGUGGCAGGAUCCUUGUGAGGACAAGCGGCACAAAGACAUCUGGUCAAAGGAGAAAACGUGUGACCGGUUCCCAAAACUCUUAAUCAUUGGACCUCAAAAAACAGGCACCACAGCCCUCUAUCUGUUCCUGGGAAUGCACCCUGACCUGAGCAGUAACUACCCAAGCCCAGAGACCUUUGAGGAAAUCCAGUUUUUCAAUGGCCAAAACUAUCACAAAGGCAUUGACUGGUACAUGGAGUUCUUCCCCAUUCCCUCCAAUACCACCUCUGACUUUUACUUUGAGAAAAGCGCCAACUACUUUGACUCUGAAGUGGCCCCCCAACGGGCAGCUGCGUUGUUACCCAAAGCCAAGAUCCUCACCAUCCUCAUAGACCCCGCCGACCGAGCCUAUUCUUGGUACCAGCAUCAGCGAGCCCACGAUGACCCAGUUGCCCUGAAGUACACCUUCCAUGAAGUGAUCACAGCAGGGCCCAAUGCCUCCCCGAAGCUGCGGGCGCUUCAGAAUCGCUGCCUUGUUCCCGGCUGGUAUGCCACCCACAUCGAGCACUGGCUUAGUGCUUACCAUGCCAACCAGAUCCUGGUGUUGGAUGGCAAACUGCUCCGGACGGAACCCGCCAAAGUGAUGGAUACCGUGCAGAAGUUCCUCGGGGUGACCAACAUAAUUGAUUACCAUAGAACUCUGGUGUAUGAUGCAAAGAAAGGAUUCUGGUGCCAACUGCUUGAAGGAGGGAAAACCAAAUGCUUGGGUAAAAGCAAAGGCAGGAAGUACCCAGAAAUGGAUUUGGAUUCAAGAGCUUUCCUAAGAGACUAUUACCGGGACCAUAACAUCGAACUUUCUAAGCUGCUGUAUAAGAUGGGCCAGACGUUGCCCACCUGGCUGCGGGAGGACCUCCAGAAUACUAGGUAGCUGCCGCCAGCACCAUGACCAGAGUGAGCAUUCAUGAUGGCCAGGGAGCCCCCAGCCUCACACUGAGCCACCCCAGGGGUGUGGAACAGAGCCCAGAACUGCCGAGCGCUUCUGAGCAGUACCCCAGCGAGGCCCGACCUGGGGACCCGGAGAAGAGCCGAGCGCAGCCCACGAGAGCUCCAGAGCCUCCCCCAGCCAAGGCCUGCGAGGUGGCACGUGGCCCAAGUGCUUCUCGAGAUCUGCUCGAAGCUUCCCCAGGUGUAAGGUCACUUCCUGCGUGUGUGCCGCCACUGCCUUGUGAGAGGGAUUCUGUACGACUCCUGACUGUGCCCCCUGGCACUCUCCCCUUCCCCCAAGCAGGGCGCCCCCUCAGUAUUAAUCGCUGUGUUUCCCCAGCGGCCGGACAGUGGGGGAGCGGGGAGGGGGCCGGGGCACACCCCUGCCCACUUCAAAAGAGGCCCUUCGGAGAGAGAGGUCUGGGGCUCAGAACUAGCCACAGGCUGGACAUGUCUGAUGGCCUCCAGAGAGUUUUGGAGUCCAUCUGAUCAAUACCUUCCCCUCUCUGUCCUUAAAACGUCUUCGGUACCUGCAGUAUCUACUCAGUCCCUGCGGAAUCUUUCCAGGGGAUAUUUUUAACCCUUCCAUCCUAACAUCCAGUGGCUAGGACCAGGUCCUAGAGCUGUCCCAGAACACUCCCCUUAUCUCCUGCCCCAUAUCCUUUCCAUAUCAUCAGAUAUGACAUAUGUGGUGUUUUCUGUGGUAAAAGACUGAGGUGACCCCAGGGUCCAGCUACCAGAACCCAUUCCAGUGUACAUAAAAUGUUCCCUCCAGUCCCAAGCAAAGGCUAUGGGCGGUGAAGAUGGUGCCUAUAGCCCGGUACCUCUGCCUCUGCUCCUGCUCUGAGCAGCCUGAGGCUUCCCGGAGAACCUUUUAAAACCUCUCAAAUACUAAAAGCUGAAGUAUUUUAAUAUUUUGGUUUUUGUUUCUUGGUGCCAGAGUUUGUACCCUGAUUACUGGGGCUACACUGUGUUAUUUUAUAUAAACUCUCUGUCUCUCUCCCUCCUUUCCCCAACUGUCUCUUGUCCCUUGCUCUCUCUCCUUCCAUCACUCCCUUACCCUCUCCUUCUCUCCUCUUUCUCUCUCCUUCUCCUUCUCUCUAUCCCUCUCUCUAUUUCUUUUUCUCUUUCCCUCUCUUCCUUUCCCUCUCUCUCUCUCUCUCUCUCUCUCUCUCUCUCUCUCUCUCUCUCUCUCUCUCUCUCUCUCUCUCUCUCUCUCUCUCUCUCUCUCUCUGUCUCUCUCUCUCUCUCUCCCUCUCCACCCCCCCCCCCCAUAUCUCUCUCCUUUUGUUUGGUUUUGUUUUAAUCCAGCCUGCUGCCAUAAUCAGGGCAGCAGGGCAUCUAAUGGGGGGAGGCCGUCAGAAAGAUAGCAUUUGCUACCAUGAGCUCUAAGGGAGGGUGAGUAUCUCUAUCUCACCCUGAAGCUGCCUGAUUUUUAUCUCCUGCAGGCAGCAGAUAAAAUCGGGGAGGAGAGGAUCCUCUAGGCUGGUGUUGAUCACACUGGCCUAUUAUCUUGCAGUUGUGGAGCUAUAUAUAUUAGAAGGAAGGAGAGAGGAAGAAGCAGGCCAGAGUUCUCUACCAGGGCUGUGUGUUUUCUGGGAUCUGAUGUUUGUGAUCCGUACGUCUUCUUUACUCUGGGUUCUUUUGGCACUUGGGGAAGGCUUGUGGACUGGGUGCGCUGUCUGAGGUCUUGGCCGCAGAGAGGGCCUAGAAGGGUCUUAGUAAGGAUGGCCAUCCCAAGAUCUGGAGCCCCUGUGCUCUUGGCAACCCCUGAGUUCUUCCCUUUUCUUCUGGGCAUGCCUGGGUCUGAGGCCCUGGCAGUCACACCAAUUUAUUGAUCAUCUAGAAAAUUGGAAGAGCAGAUAUGCAUGGGACCAAUAUGAAUGUAUAAUGGGGUGGAGAAGGGGAAGAUGCUGCUGGAUAAGAAGAGAGCCCAAGGCCAUGUAACUGGGCAUCUGCUGGCAGAAACGGGAUUCUUGGCAUCGGUGAUACUAGAUUCAUCAUGGCUCAUGUUUCUUGUUCAGCAUCCCUAUCAUCCAGCCUGGCCUGUGUGGAGGCAGGAGAGUGCUGAGGAAACUUAAGCAGAUCAAGGCAAACCAGAGAGAUCGUAGGUUCCCAGAGUGGGCACCACAUUUCUGAUGGGGAGGCCCCAGUCCCUUGACCUGUUGGCAUAGUUGGUACUAUCUCUGCCUCCAUGAGAAAUCAGAUCAGUGCGCCUCCCCUGCAUCUGAUUCCUUGGUGAACCUCAGAGCCCUCCCACAGCAGCAAUAGGUCAGUUCUUGAAUCCCCCAGGGCCUGCAAAUGAUAAUAUGAAGUCUGAUAACAGGAUAGAAUUUAUCAGAAACUUCUGCCCUGAAAAGGGGAGUCUGAGCAUAUGUGGUGAAAGGCAAAGAAAGAAAAGCAGUAAAUAGUAACUGAAAUUCUAUCUUGGAUGGAGAGAACCCAGGAAGCAAAAGAAGAUGCAAGAGCCAGCAGUGUACUUCCUCUAGGAUAACUUUGAAGGCACAGAGUGGGUAGAGGGAAUGAUUUCAGGGCUUCUUAGUACUACCCAGUUCUUCAGGACAGGAAGGAAGGUGAGCUAAAGAAAAAGGAAACUUAAUAACAUGAACUACUUGGGUGGGUGGGGGUGGGGGGGAUUCCCAAGUUAGCUCAGGGCUAGAUUAUAAAAACUGAAAAAGGUAGUAAAAAAUGGAGAUUGGCAGCCUAUACCAUAUGAAUGGAUAAAUGACCUAAAUAUAAAAAGUCACGUCACAAGGGGGGAAAAAAAGGAAAAAGGUCAGAGUACUAGACCAAGCACAUUCUGAGGUAGGCAUUGCAUAUGUAGUGCCAGAGAGCCAUGGUAGAGCAGUAUGGCGGCCAAUGUGCUAUUUAGUUUCCUGUUAAAGGGAAUAUCCCUUUCUUUCCAAUAAGAGAAGUAGGAAAUUUUUUUUUUGAGGAAAUUGAGGAAAUGGGCAGAGGAGAGGUGGAAUGUCUCAACCAGGGAACUUGCAUGAUUAAGCUGUAGAGGUCGGAAGACAAUUCUUGUUAUCAGAAACUCUAGAGAAGUCACAAUGCUCUUGCUUGAAACCUGUCCAUACACAGUAUGGAAAGUCAGAACUGGUUUUUAUUAUAAUCUGGCCCUGAGCUAACUUGGGAAGAAUGAGAGAGAUGGAGCCGGGUGAGAGCUCUUGGUGAAAGAGCAUUUCAAUUUCUGGGGUCCUGGGGUUCCUUAGUAGUUUGCCCUAGUGUUCCUGUAUUGUGUUUGGGCCACUGUAGGACCUACCCAAGGUCUGGGGAUAGAAUUCACCAAUGGAUUUUGGCCAACAACUCCGAGAUUGCAGCUGUGACAAACUUUUGACUCCUUCCCUGUUGUCUUGAGUGAGCCUGUGCCAGAAUUCGUGGGACCCUGGCAGCUAUUAGAGCAGCUAUUCCUGGAUUCAGAUCUUUCUGAUCGGUGGAAGAGACACGAUAAGAGUAGAAGGAAUAUAUUAACUAAUGAUGUGUGAGCUUUCCUCAUGAAGUACAAUGCUAGGUACCAGGAAACAGAGACCUUCAGGUCAGCUUCGGGGGCUGGUGGUGGCAAAAGAUGGUGGAUCAUCUGCAGGGGGAUGUGUUCUCCUUUCUGGAAACCUGACCAUGUGACAGGUCCAUGCAGCUCAGAUUUUGGCCAAAGAAAGAGGGGAUACGGUGAUUAGAGUAAGGUGGAGCACAGUUGCAGAUUGAUCCUGGCUUGGAGAUCUAUGGAGCCAGAGCUGAGAGCCAGCCCCAUUCAAAAGUCCAAGAUCAAAAGGGAUUCUUACCCAGUACCAAAUUGUUUUGAUGAUUUUAGCUUAUAGUAUAGUUUGACAUCUGUUACUAGCAGGCCCCCUUCCUUCCCUUUUCAAUUUAAUUUUUUUUAAUUGAUUCCCUUGGUAUUCUUGACCUUUAUAUAAUGAGAUCCUGUACAAAAGACCCCCACCCUACCCCACCUCUUCCUUAACUUGGUGCUAGUGGGAUUUACCUAGGAGCCACAAUUGCUGUCUUAGUGGGCCAAAUGCUCAAAUAAUUGAUGGAUGAUAGGAAUGUCUUGGGUCCCUGAGGCUGGUAAGAGUUUCCUGUUUUCUGUCUUGCCAAUAACAGGCAUGUUAGUAUCUUCUCCAGCUGGAAAUCUUGGCUGGGACAGUAGGCCAAAGAAAGAGCUGACUAUGCUUUCCUCUUGUCUGGUUGCCUGGGGUUAGCAGAGGCAAGUUUAUAGACGCAAUUAAUUGGCCCAUCUAGAUGUUAUAUAUUGUUCUGAGUCAAGGGGCAAGCCCAUGUGGUGGUGUCUUGCGGGCUUAUUCUAGAUAGCAGCAUCUUUAAGCUAUUUACUGAUUCAGGGGUCAGGUAUCUCCCCACCAAUCCUAACCUACUUGUAAAACUGUGAAGUGGCUGAAAUGUAGUGUUCUCAUUACCCUCACCUAACCCUCCAUCAUUGCUAAGUUCAUUCCUUUGCUAACAGAUCAAGGUGACCACUCCAGCAAAAGCUGUAAGAGAGCCCUGCCUGGAUCAUCUUGAAUCACUUGAACCUCAUUGUCGAUUUUUCUAUGGGAGGGUUGCCCCUCUCUCAGCCUCUCUUCCUUCCCUGUUUCCAAGGCCAGGCAGAAAGAAGUGGCUUCUUCCAUGGCCAGGAUGCCAAAAUACCAGCUUUUCCAAUUCCAGAUUUCAGGUUCCGUCUUAGACCUCUUCUCACGAAGGGUGUCCUAGCAUCAGGUUUCCAUGCCACAGUUCAAUGUGUAUUCCCUCUUACUAGAGUCCUGGUGGUGUUGGAAAGGAGAUGAGGCAGAGGGAGUACAGUUCUAUGCCUGGCUGGCCAAGAAGACAAUCUUUCAUUGUAGGGAGCUACUUGAAGGAGGGAAAAUUCAAGUGCUUGGGUAAAAAGCAAAGGUAGAAAGUACCCAGAAAUAGAUCUGGAUGUGAAUAGUUGGAGCUGGGUUUUGUUGUGUUUGUGUUUUUUUUUUUACACCAUGCUAGAGGAAUUUACCCCAACCCAACUGCUUGGGGGGGGGCAGAGGUUGGGGUGUCAGUAGUUGUAAUUUCCAUUUGAGUCUAAAGUCAAUAUGGACCUGGGAAGGGAGGAGAAUUGAUUGAAGUUGAAGGCAGGCCUGCUGCAUUUGGGUGGGGAGCUAAAUGACAUGGGGCCUGUUGCUGUGGCCCCACUGGGACAGGCAGAGGAUGGAAGAGCUGUGUCAUCAAAGCUAAGAAUGGAAACAGAAAUGAGCCAGGUCACACCGUGCAUUGGCCAAAUAAGAUCUGUGUUGGGCUGUUCUAAGGAUGACAAGUUGACAAGGAUCCUAGUGGCUGCUGCUGCUGCUAUUUCCUUUUGAAAGAGCUGGAGAAGCCCACCUGUUAGGAGCUGCCAAGUUAAGCCUAGAAGCCUGAAUUUUAUGGAAUAAUGUUAUUACAAAAAGAACCAUAACGAUUCCUCUGCUGGUGGAAGAGGGCCACAAGGGCAGAAAUCCUUGAGGGUAAAGUGUCUUUCUGCCUCCAACUCUCAGCUCAGGCCCCUGAGGCUCUGGCUAAGGACCUGGAGGUCAAAGUAGAAGGUGGGAUUCAUAUCACCCAUGGCACAAUUGGCCUCCUCAAAUUCUCCCCCAUCUUGCUGUAUGUAACCCUUCCCCCAUAAUCAGGAGCAGGGUUGGAGGAGCCAAGAGUCAAGUUGGGAAGCUGUGACUUACUCAGGUGGCUUUCAGUGCCACCACUCAGAUUUGGCAUGAUGUUUCCAGUGUCUCCCUUCAUAGAUUUCCUGAUACUUCCUCCCUUCCCCAAAGUGAGAUAUCUCUGAAGGAAAGGCCUCCCUCAGUCUGGCAAGGAGGCAUCAAGUCUCAGUGACUGGUACUGGUCAGCUGGACUUAAGAAGAAGAGUAUGACCCGGUGGUAGCUAGUGAUCAAACCUGCUUUGACCCCGAUUGAGAUACCUUUGCUAAUUGCAGACCAACAAAGCCACAUGGAGAAGAGGGAUGCAAAAAGAUCCCCAAAGACUAGAACAAUGAGAAAUUAUAUUCCACUUGAAAGCCUUGAAUUCAAAGAAGUCAGCUUUUAUAGUUUUAGAAUUUGGGUAGGGUGGGUGAGCAGAGAGACAUUCACAUGGAAAAAAAAAAGUGAGGGAGACCCAUCCCUACCAUGAGAGCUUUCAACUCAUCUUGAAGAAGCCUCAGACUCCAUCUGGAGUGGAGCUGCCCUCUGUAAUGCUUCUCUUUGUCUCCCUCUGCCUUCCUCCAUUAGGAGUUAGGUUAGCAGAAUCAAGAAGGGAUGGGCCCAGCUCUUUUCCCAACACUUCAUGGAAAUCUAGACGCGAAGAUCUGGCCAUUUCUAAGACCAAAGAUCUUGUCACUACCACAUGGGUUAGCCAGUAUCAACUCCCUGGGCUGCUGCUGGUAUCAGUCCUGGAAGUAGGCAUUUAUGAAGCACCUACGGGGUACACAAUCAUGCACUUGGUGGUACUUGGAGAAAGGCAUCCUCCUGCCCUUAACAAAGUCAUAGUCUGACAGAGGAGAGUUGAGAAACCAAAACAACCACCCAUAAUAUGACGAUGUCUGCUUAAGGUGUCCUAUAAAUGAUCCACACAGAAAGCUCUAAAUUGAGGAGGGGAAAACACCCAGGGCAGAGGCAAUUUAGAAAGACUCCUCAGAGGUGGAACUUGAGCCCUUGGGGCAUUCCAGAUGCUUAGGAGUCCUGGUGGAGUUGAAAGAGAAGGCCUAGAAGUGGGACAGUGUAAGGGUCUCAUGGAAGGGAGAAAGGGAGGAAAAAAAUCCACUCUAGAUCUUUCUGGCACUGGUCCAAUGGACUAGCCCGAGAUCUCACCAGAGGGGGUUUCCAACUGAUCUUGAAUUCUAUCCACUUGUGUUCCCUGGUGCUCAGGGAGAGCCUGGGAAACAUUUGCUUUGCCCUUUUACCUGUGGGUUCAAACUGGCUGGAAUAAGGCUUAGUCUGCUCACAUGUGUAAGACAUGAAGCAUCUGGUCCAUGUGUGAUUCCUGUAUGUUCUGUUCCUCUGGGCCUUGGACAGGAAAAUUAGGGAGUGGGAUCUCAGGCAAUUGAUUCUUAACAGUCUGAAUCUAGCUAUAUUUUCUCCCUAGAAAACUUCUAUGCCAUCUCCAUUUCUCUCUCUGGCUCUACUUUGGUGACCCCCAAAUAUAUCCUAGAAGAGUCUAGAGGAGAUGGGGUAGUGGGAGAGGUUACAUAGAAAGUGCAAAAAAAGGGAAGGAAAAGUUUAUGUAAUUCUUUGCUUUUAUUAUCUUCAAGACAUCCCCCCCUCCCUUUGCCAAUUUUCACAUAGAAUCCAUGUCUCUUCCUAGGGAGAAGCCCAUGUUGGGAUGUGGGGGGAAGGGGGAAAAGUGUUGGGAAAGAGAAGUAUCUCUUCCUCUAUUAGGAGGGAAGGGAAUGAGGUGGGGAGUGAGAUAAAGCUUAGUCCAUCCCCUGUUUCCUAGUGCUCUUACACCAGCCUUUUGGUUUCAUUGGAAAAGAGAACCUUCAUCACUAAUGUACAAUCUUGAACUAACUGCUAAUAAAAUGGGAUUGUUUGUAUUCA